CGAGCCGUGCAAGACGUGUCUCCCUCACCAAAUCCUGAUGCGAGACAGCCCGCCUCGUCCCAAUAAUCGCAGGCGCAUCUGUUAUCAUAUAACAAGCACCAGCCUUUGAUCUCCUACCGCGGUAGCUGCUACCUGCAGAUCAGGAUUGCAGUCACCUGCGUUCCUUCAGGCAAAGGUGAGCUCCAAGAGAUGUCUACGCUUUUGUUCCUGAUCGAGUUGCUUCUUCUUCAUUAGCGCGAUAGGCAAAGAAAGAAAAGGGCUGAUUGCAACUGCAAAUGUCUUGAGAUGCCGACGCUCAUCAUCACCGUGGACCUCGACUGCUGCCGCUGUAGCAGCAAGAUCCAGAAGGUUCUCUGCUGCAUCCAAGAGCGCGGGGAGUUCGUCAUCGAGAAGAUCGUGUACGAGAAGGACAAGGUCCUCGUGUCGGGGCCAUUCGACGCCGACAAGCUCUCCUGCAAGCUCUGCUGCAAGGCUGGAAAGAUCAUCAAGAACAUCGAGGUCGCCAAGCCGCCGCCGCCGCCGCCACCAAAAACUGAACCACCAAAGCCCAAGCCGCCGCCAUGCAAGGUGAUAUGCCCGUAUCCGUGCCCAUAUCCAUGCCCGCAACCAGGGUGGCCGUGCAGCUGCCCCACGCCGCACUGUGGAUGCCAACCCAAGCCGCCGCCGCCAGAAGAGAAACCCAAAACUCCCAAACCCAAGCCCGAGCCAGAGCCAGCCCCAUGCAAGGUGAUAUACCCAUAUCCGUAUCCGUACCCAUACCCAUGGCCCUGCAACUGCCCCACCCCGCACUGUGAGUGCCAAUCCAAGCCGCCACCGACCACCCCCGCACCAGCACCGCCUCCACCUGAGCCGCCACAACCGCCGGCGUGCCGGUGCCCGACGUGGCCGUCGUGCUACUGCAGUGGCUACCCGCCGUACAUGCCGCCGCCCAUGCCGUACCCGUACCCGAUGGUCGUCUGUGAUGACAGCCCGCCCUACGGCGCCUGCUCCAUCAUGUAACUCCGGGCAGCGGCGUGAUGCAAAUUGAUCGUGCAUGUAUAGGUACGUUUCCAUGCGAGCUAGUGUGAUCGACAGUGAUACGAUUCACACCUAAAUAAAGUCACUUCAGUUUGUACAAAUGUGAAGGUAGCAGAAGAUGCCAAUUAAGGAUCAAAGAGUACUCCAGGACUGUAAUAGGGAUUAAAGAUGCCAGUUUCUGUUCCCUUCGGUUGUAAGUUCUCAAAACGCUGGUUGCUGGGACCGGAUUUAUUUCAUUAAUCUAAAAAAGAUUGUAACAGGGAUGUUUGCAACGAAGGAUUUUCGUGAGAAUUUAAUUUUGCACGUA